CUUUUUGAAUUUUUAAGAUUUCAAGAGACUUUUCAAUUUAUUACUCAUAGUACUCAUGAGUCACUGAGUCAUACACUGUUAUAUAUAGCACUGUUUCCUUCCUCUUUUUCCAUUGUGCUCCCCCUUGCGUACUAUGUUAACUUUCUUUGGUAUCAACAGAUAGAUAUAGGCAAAAGUAAAUGUUACUGAAGUUAAAAAAAUUCAAAAGUUUCAAGUAGAACCAAGUUUUUACUAGUUAGUAACUCACUGAUCUUCUCCUUUUCAAUGGUUGUAAUGGAGACAGUGAGCUCUUGUGGUGUUAAAUGCAAGUCAAAUAAGUUGGAAGGGAUCAAUGAAGACAGUGCAGCAAGUUGGCAACCAUUGGCAUGUCCUCCGCCAGAAACUCCUACUGAGUCUAUGGAGUUCCUUGCAAGAUCAUGGAGUCUGUCAGCUAUGGAACUCUCUAAAGCGCUUUCUCACACAAAACCAACAUGUUGUCUAGACGAGAAGAUGUCAUUCUCUUCGUUGCAAAGUCAACUUGGAAAAACAUCGAUUAUGAAGGAAACUCAAGAACAACCACCAUCUAACUCAGAUAGCCCUCCAGUUUCUCCAAGGGGAAGUGACAAUACAAAGGAAUUGUUUUUAUUACAUCAGGCACUCAAUCCAGAUUUCCUCUCUAGUCAACAUUUGAUGAAAGCUGGGCUCUACAGGACCGUGAUGCGUGGUAAGACAAUGGGUAGAUGGCUGAAAGAUCAAAAGGAAAAGAAAAAACAAGAGCUUAGAACUCACAGUGCCCAAGUGCACGCAGCAAUUUCCGUAGCAGGGGUUGCAGCUGCUGUGGCUGCUCUUGCAACUGCAUCAGUAACUUCUCCAGAGAAGUCCAAAACCCAACACAAAGCAUCUUCAAAGAUGUCAACUGCAAUUGCAUCUGCGGCAGCUUUAGUUGCAUCCCAUUGUAUUGAAAUUGCAGAGGACAUGGGUGCUGAACAGGAUCAAAUCUUAUCGGUUGUAAACUCAGCUAUUAAUGCGAGAACUAGUGGAGACAUCAUGACCUUAACUGCUGGAGCUGCUACAGCAUUGAGAGGUGCUGCGACUCUAAGGGCGAGGCUACAGAAAGGAAAUGGAGCUGCAGCUGUUGCUCUAGCUGACGAGCGUGUCGAAGGUAACAAAGAAUCAACUGUUACAGCAGCUCUGAGCUAUGUUGCCAAAGGGGGAGAACUACUCAAACGUACAAGAAAAGGAGAUCUCCACUGGAAACAAGUCUCUUUCAGCAUAAAUUCUGAUUGGCAGCAGGUCAUAGCUAAAAUGAAAAGCAAGCACAUGGCAGGAACAUUCACAAAGAAAAAGAAAUGUGAGGUCUCUGGAGUCUAUUGUGACAUAGCAGCAUGGCAUGGACGAGACGAGGAAGGUGAUGAGCAGAAGUGCUAUUUCGGGAUACAAACUGCAGACAGGAUGAUUGAAUUCGAAUGCAGAAACAAAGGAGAGAAACAAAUGUGGGUGGAUGGGAUUCAACAAAUGUUGUGCUGCCGCAUGACCAUGACAUGACUUUGGAUGAACAUUUCAAAAGAGAACCGAUGUAGUAGCUUUUAGUGUGACUUUCAAACUCUAAAAUAAGACAUCCAACCAGAGAAGUAAUGGAUUUAUUUCAGCUGUUACAUCUAUAUAUAGGGAUAGAUUACAUAUUAAAAAAUGGCACUGAUCUAUC